UAUUAUUAUUAUUCCAGUCGCCAGUCGCCAGUCAAUCUCCAGUUUGCUUGCCAUUGUUUUCAAGAUGGCGAUAACGUCGCUCAGGAAAACGGUUCUGUUAUGUUUGCUAUUGCUGCUUCUCAUUGAACUCCUUGAUGUGGAAGCAAGACGGGGUGGUGGUGGAUCCAGAGGCGGAGGGUCUAGAGGCUCAAGGGGUUCUAGAGGCAUAAGAGGUUACAGAGGUUCUAGAGGCAUCAGGGGCUCCAGGGGCUCCAGAGGUUAUAGAAACUACCGAAAUGUGGUACUUUCUGGACGUAUUGCCAAAGGUAGCAGCCACUACACAUCCCGUACUUGGAGAAAUGCUGCCAUAGCUGGGGUGAUUUUUGGAGGCCUUGCCUACACAAGGAGGCAUCCGAAUCGCAGGGACUUGCCCCCUAUUUGUACCAACAAUAUAAAGAGGCGACCUGAUGGCAAAAUAAUGGGAUACUUUAUCUGUCCCAUGGAGAAUGAUCCAUAUGACGAAAUCUACUGUUGUGGUCCUAAGAAACAGGAGUACUGCUGUAACAAGACCAUGGCUCAGAUCUACUAUGGAAAGCACCACCAGUCUAAAGGAAAAAUGGGUGUUGGAGCCAUCAUUGGGAUCAUCGUCGCUAUUGCUGUAGUUUGUGGGGUUGCCAUCUUCUGCUGCAAAAAGAGACAGCAGGCUGGGACAAUUAUUCGCAAGGCAUCUAAACGAGACCAGUCCCCACCACUCCCUAAUACACAGUAUUAUCACGCACCAUCUCAUGGUCCUGGUGCAGCCCCUCCGCCUCAGAUGGCGCCUCCCCCUUACAGCGGGCCACCGGCAGGUUAUGACGGCAGUGCCGCUAUGCCGUAUGGGAUGCCUCCACCCGCUCAGCCCAUGCCACCACAGCCUAUGCCACCACAGCCUAUGCCACCACAGCCUAUGCCUCAACCUCCUCCCGCAUUUGGUGGACCCGACGGAAGCUAUGGUGGUGGGCUAGAGAAAGGCGGCAUGCCCCCUGGCCCAGGCGUGGAUGCGUCCGCCCCGUACCCUCCCCCUGCCGGAGCCCCCAUGUACCCUGGGGGUCAGCCGCCGUACCCAUCAGGACCUGGCAUGUACCCUCCACCGGAGACUAACCCCAGCGCCCCCUACCCACCGGGACCGCCAGGGGCUCCGAUGCAAGCAUCAUGUCCUCCCUACCCGCCCUCAAGCUACGCUUAAAGCAUUUCUGAGAUGUUGUCUUCAAAAAUUGCCAAAGAAGCCCACCUUUCCAACAAUAAUGGCCCAGUCUUUAGCUUAGUAGCCUGCCUUUGUACUUCAUUUGAUUUGUGGUUACUGCUUACAGCAUUUGAAAUUUCCUAUUUUGUCUUGCUGUUACAUUUCCCUAAGAGUAAAAUAAUGUUAGAUGUUUGGACUUGACUUUUAUUGUGAUUAUUCCCGGGAAAAUGUUUUAAGUCUUCGAAAGAAGUGGGCGUAUUUAAGCUUAUCUAGUUAAUUGUUCUUAUUUGCAAAAAAAUGUAGUGUCUAUAGACUUUACUUUUAUUUUUAAGUUGGUACAAUAUAAGAAACUACUCUUUAAAGUGUAUUGUACAAUGGGCAUCUUUUGAGCACCUCUAGUCUGAUGAACUAUUUGGUUACAAAAGUUUGUAACAGCCCUCUCCUUUAUCUUUACUGUACUCUCAGAAAAAACUAUUUUUGUACCUUACAAGCCUGAAGGUAUUUCUUAGCACGUCAUCUAUUUUCUUUCUGCACUGGCUUCAGUGUGAAGUUCUAUUAAUUUAUGAGUUUUCUGUCAGGAGCUCAGAUGCAUGGGUCCUGUAGUGUCUGACGUUCAAGUUUCAAAGGAUCAAUUUUUUGUUACAGAUUGGUCUGAUUAGUAUCAUCUAAUAAUAAGAUACUUAACUGAAAAUGUUUUUAGUUUUGUUGCCAGCAUUUUUUUCGAGGAGAUGAUCUGUUGGUUGUAGUCACCAGUGCUUGUGAGCAGGAUUUGUGAUUGUUGGUGGUCUAAACAGCAUUGUUUUCAUACUGAUAGUUUGUGAAAGGCAAACUGUUUUUGCCGAAGACCCUCUGCCAUCUUUUCCUCUAAUUUUGGGUCUACUGAAACAAAAGUUGUAACUUUUUGUAUAGAGAUUUUUUGGGGUUACGUUCUUGGUCAUGGUAAAACAAACAAAUUUACUCAAAGUGGCAAAAUGAAUAGACCUGGAGAAGGAAUAGUUGUGAAGUACAAUGUUCCAGUUCAUUGAAGUCAGUAUUUUAAGUCGAUUUUUAUGUCUUUUGGGGUUUUUUAUUUUGCUUUUUGUGUCUAGUUGCAGUUUGUGCUUCUUGCUUAUUUCUCACUGUCAUUGAACUGUACACUUUUGCAAUAAGAGAAGGAAUGGAGGAGUGGCUUAUGAAGAUUUUCAUGCAGCUGUUUGUUGAUUUUGUUGGGGGGUUUUUAUGAGUCAUUUUUGUUAACACAAUUUUUAGGUGUAUAUUCUAUGUCUAUGUCACAUUUGAUAUCCCAAAGUAUUUCAGUACAAAUGGUUGUAUUUUUGUUUUUUGGAGUAAGUACUUGACUGAAAACUAUACUCAUAUCAAUUCCUUUCACACAGUAAAAUAUUUACAUUUUGUCAUGUGCUCACUAUCACAACAGAUACAUUAACACAAGCACAUUUAUAUUCAAACAUGUACAUGUACACACAUGUGCUCAUAUACUUGAAUUUGGAUAUGUUUUGUGAUUAAUGAAGAGCACUAUUCUGCUUCCUCGAAUAAUAGGUAGGUGGUUGAUGGGUGCUCUAGUGCGGUUUCCUCCUCUCCUAUCAAACAUCUAUCGCCCUCAUCUUUCCUCCCCUGUUUUGUGUUUGUUUCCGGUACUCCCUUGUAACACCUCUAAUCUUCGGAAUUGAUACCUAAUUGUGUUGCAAGUGCAGUAUAACUCUUACUAAAACAUAAUACAAAGCUUGAAUGAAGUAAAGUUUUUGUUAUGGUUAAAUAUCCCUACUUGCUUUCAAAUUUCUUAAUGAAUUCCUUUCCAUUAGCGAAAAGACUCUCAACUAGUUUUGAAUGGUACCUUUGAAAAUGUUGUAUGACUGCUUGAAAAGGGGAGAUACCGUACUCCAUUCCAGGUGCCCAUUAUUAGGAUAUCAUGUAUUGUAUCAAAAUCACUCCCACUGUGGAGUGAAGAACCCACAGUUUGACUACCUCUGAGUCUUGUAAGAGAAUGUGAAGAAGGAAGAAGGAAAAGUUGAUAGUUGAGAUUGCAUUUCAUGAAUGGCUGGAUAUUAUUUACUCAAUACACAUACUUAUUCUCAGCCGUGCUUUUCACUGCUUUUUAAAAUGUUCUAUCGUGUUGUUGGUUCGAAGAGAGUCUCUUGUCUAUGAGGUCUCUUUCUUUUUAUGGCUGUGCUACAUGUGUAUAUUUCGAUUUUCUCCCAGUAUUUCAUUUUACCCUUUUUUUAAAUGUAACCUCCCAAGAAUUGUUAUGGUUUAUUUCUACUUUGAAAGAUAUUUCAUGGUUUUCGUUUUAAUUUUAUACUUUGUGAAAUGUUACUACCCAAGAACUGUUAUUGUUAUUUCUACUUUGAAAGACAUGUCAUAUAAAGCACUUUGACUGUAAUGUAAGUCACCUACUGUUUAAUGAUAUUAUAUUAUAUUCUUAUAUAUGGAGCAAAAUUUCUCCUCUCGGCUUUAUUGCUUGGCUCACUAUGUUAUGGUCAGAAUUUGUGUCAGUUGACCUGUAUCAUGUCAAGAGGUAGGGAAAACAUUUCUGGUCAGGGAGACAGCUGCAGGUUGUACAAGAUUUCCUAACAUUAACAAGGAAAGGCAAGUCCUUUUUAAAAAAUAUUUUUUCAGACAAGGAUUUAUUUUUGUACUGUUCUUCUGUUUGCUCAUGUAGUAGGCAUUGAUUAUUAUGAGACCUGAUAUAUUGGUUGAGUUGACCACUUUCUUUUUCUAGGGUUUGAAUGACACUGUCUGAUUGUUUGACAAAUUGUAGUUGUAUCCUCUACUCAUUGAUUAAAUGACUUUUUCAAGGAUUUGAGUCGUUCUGGAUACAUUCAUAGUUGCUCACUCCUCUGCUUCUUGAAAAAGUGUCAUGAAUAUGCCUGAAUAACUGUAGCCUGUCUCUCUUGAUUUCCUGAAGGUGGCAUUCCCCCUCUCUCCCCCACCCCCCUUGAGCUUUGAAUGUUCACCAAUAUUUACUCCACUCCCCCAUGGCCUCACUGUAUGCUCACCUUCUUCUUGUCUCUCAUGGUUGGAACGAGAAAGUGUACUAAGUAAUCGUUUUGUUGACUGUAUAAGCCUAAGCGUUUUAAUCUCUUGGACAGAGGAGCUUGUUUGUGCAAAUGUGUAAUGUUGAUUUGAAGGUAAGGCCAUGAUAUAAUCAUUUAAGGUUUUCAUUGUCUUUUCACUUUCCUGAAGUGUAUGUGAGGCAUCAUGGUGAAAUCAGGUGCUCGUCAAAAUAACGAAAGCAGAGAAAUAGGCAUUUUUCCGCCAGUUUGGAAAUUUUUAUCGAAUUUUUAUUUUUUUAGCUUAACCUCCUUUAUGUCCAAAUAAAAACACAUUUCCGUGUGAAUUUUACUGAAAAACAUUCAUUAACGGCCCAAAAUAUGUAACUCUUCAGUUUUCAAGGACUCUCAAGCUAUAGAAGUUACCAAACACUGGCUGCCAUUUUCUCGCAAAUUAAAUUGCUACACCACUGAAACCAAGCUACCCCCAUCUCCUUCAAUUGCAGAUGUCUCGACUCAUGUUCAAGAUAGUGAUGGGUAUUUUUUCAUAGAAAGCAAGGCAUAUGAUUAAGCUAUCAAAUGAUAACAAUAACUCCACAUGCCCAAAUACUGAGAAGCGCCCGAUUCCACCACAUCAUGACACAUAUGAGUCACGUCACAGAAAGAGGAAAUUCCCCCCUGUCCCUAGUGCUCUUAAUCUUAAACUGUCAGUACUAUGCUACGUCCCCCCUGUCCCUAGUGCUCUUAAUCUUAAACUGUCAGAACUAUGCUACGUCAGUAUGGGUCUUUUUCACACUUCCCUUAUCUUUUCCAUUUUUGAAUUGAUGAAGUUGGCAGCUUUUUUUUUUUUUCAGAAUACUUGUUUCAUUUGUGUGAAAGGUUUAACAACUUUUACUUUUUAACCCCUUUGUUUAUAUAAUAUGUUGUACUUGGUAUGUCAUGAAAAUGAGCAAUUUUUAGCUUUGUGCAGUACCAUGGUCAUCAAGUUCAAGGAAAUUUGUAAAAUUUUCCAUCCUGGUUGCCCAUAUGACAUCAUGUGUACGUCCGGCUAAUCACUUGGCUCUUAUUCUUCUGUAUGGAGUUUUAAUUACAAACACUGCAUGGAUUCGUAAUCGGGAAUUAAAAAACUCGUAUAUCGGUACCAAAUUUGCUAGCAUUACUCUACUGCUAGGCUUGCAAGGUAUUAAUAGACCCUGAUCUAGUCUUGCAGACGGACGUGUGCUCUCGCAAACUGUAAACACCAAAAUGACUUUAAAAAAGCAGAAAAUUUCACUUUUUUUACUUGGAUUUUCAAGUUAUUCUACAUAAUGAGCAAGAUUGGGAGAAUAGGCAAUGAGAGAAGUGAGAAAAGUGACAUUAUCAAAGACCCAGGGUCCAAAAUUAAGUCACGAGUGGGCUAGAUCUAGACCACGAGUCCAUUAGCACUGAGACAUGAGACUGCUGCCUUGGGUAAUGAGCUUAUCUGAAAAUUAGUGCUGACAGUAGGAACACAUACCCCUUGGUAACGAAAGGGUUAAAAUAUGGUAGGCCUCAGAGUAUGAAUGAGAAAUUGAAACCUUAUACCUAUUGCAAGUACAUAGUAUAGUAUAUUUUUACAAUAUUGAUUAAGUAUUAGGCUACAUAGUCGAUAGGGCAGUUUUGAAAAAAAAUCUAUAUGGUUAAUAGUCAUUUUAAUGGUAUACAGUUGCUUGAUUUUAAUUCCUUUAGGUUUGUUGCAACCUGUGUGGCCUGCUUUUUUCCGUAGUUUUUACUUACCACAUGUGCUUCUAGCAUGUGUAUGAUUUGAUGUAAAAGAAGUUAGUUUUAGUGAUUAGAAUGUUUUGAAAUAUGUGAUAUUCAUCUAUGUCCAUGCAGUUUAUUGUAUCCUCCUCUCUUUCGUUUGCUUGGGGGUUUUUUAUUGACCUGCACUGUUCUGGUCUAUCACAUUUUUAUAUAAUAAUACGAAAGCAAUUUUUGAAUUACAUGAAUUUCUGUUUUU